AUGUCGGCGCGGAAUUAUUUAUCAGCUCGCGAAAAGCCCAAUAAAGUGGAAUAUUUACCAUAUAUAAAUCAACAGAAGUUUAGUCGACGUUCGGAGCUUCCUGUGUUAUCGGCUAAUGCAUAUAGUUUAAAUAGGAAUUUGUUCUAUCCAUACUGUAGUAAUUUUUCCGGCGAUAGUGUAGAUAUUAUAGAACGAUCGGGAACUCCUUAUUCAGACUUUUUGUCUGAGAGCGAAACAGGGACACCAGAUUUUAAUAGUGAAGAAAGUGACAGUAGUGCAGGAUCAGUACUUAAAAGAAACACCGAGGAAGCAACUAGGACACUUGCUGAUGAGUGGGAAAGAAUAGAGCGGACACUUUACAAUGAGAAUGGAGAGAAAUGCACUAGGCCAGAAAUUAUAGAGGAAUGCUUACAGUGGCAGCAAUUACAUCCACAAUUUAGGGUUGUUGGAAAAGCAAUCCCUAUUCCAGAAAAGAAAGUACCAUACAGACAAAUUGAGCAUGAAGAAGUUAUUGCAAUGAAUUAUAGUGACUAUGAACAGUUCAGUGAGAGUGAGGACCGACAUUCACAAAGUAGUACAGAUAUUACACCUACAAAUUCACCUCGGGCAUCAUCUGAACAUAUAACCGACACAAAAUUGUCCAGAGAGAAAAUGUUUAAUUAUGGACCAAAUAACCUAUCGGAUACAUUCAGUUCUCUGCUCCAGAUAACACCAAUACAUAUACGCACUCCCAUACUUAAAAAACGACAGAGUCAGUCAAUUUUAAGAUCAGAAAUAGCAUCAUCCAGGUGGAUGAAAUCUAACCGUCCAGAUACUUCUAUAAAUUUGGAAAGAAAUAGUGCUAAGUCAUACAUAUCUUUAUACGAUACGAGAAAUUUAAGUAAUAUCUGCUCGCUUGACCGUAAAAUGAAUGGUAGGAUAAAUACUGCAAGGCUAAGAGAUUCUCAGUUACAGAAUUUGUAUUCACCAGAAUCACAUACUGAACUUUCUAGUAGAGGGUUAUAUCAAAACUAUGGUGUGAAAAAAGUGUCUUUGCCACCUCUACUUCUGGAAGAGGAAAGAAAGAAGAUACCGAUUGCAUCUGCCAAGAAGCAGAAUAAAACUAGAAAGAGUAGUACUAAAAUGCACAUUGACAGAAGGUACAAUUAA